AUGUCUUCGUCUGCCAGUAUCACAUCUUCUAGACUUUUGCACGUCCGCCGCGAUAUUCGUCUCUAUCGUGUUCCAAACAGAGGCCACUCGGCAAGAAUUAAGCUCGCUCUCUAUCUCGGCUCUAGCUUUUUCUUGGAGUCGCCAAGCGAUACCGCAAGUCAGCGUAUUACGGUGGAGAAAGAUAAGGGGGUGCUGGAGAAGUAUAAGGGUUAUGACGCGGGAAAUUGGGGAAGGUUUAGUCGUUGGGAGCCAUUCUGCGGAAAAUAUAAAACACUCACACGGUUUGUGGAUGUAGUGGAAGUGAAUGCUCGUCCCUUUUCAAAUAUUGCAAACGAUUUUCAUCGACAGCGCUUCCAGAGAGGCAGUACUGUACGAUUAAGCGCUUUGGAGGCAUGUACGGGUGAGAUUUUGCUUACGUUCUACCAUUUCAUAGUAGGCUUCCAACGAGGCGUAGUACUGUACGAUUGGGCGAUUUUGAGGCCCGUACGGGUGAGAUUUUGUGUACGUUCGUACGAUAGGGAGGAGGAGAGUAGUACGAUUCGAUUAAAGUACGCCGUACUCCAGUCAAAACAGCUAAGACUAUAG